AUGUCAGAAGAUAAACUGUUUAAGCCGGUCGGUGAAGCUGCCAACGAAGUACAAGAAGAGAAUGACAACGGUGUGUCGUUGACUGGGGCCUCUGAUGCCAUGGGUCACCCGGUUCAAGAGAUUGAGUCCCUAUGUAUGAACUGUGAGAAGAACGGUGUUACUAGAUUGCUGCUGACUUCUAUUCCUUACUUCAGAGAAGUGGUGUUGAUGUCUUUCGAAUGUCCUCACUGUGGUUUCAAGAACUCUGAAAUUCAGCCAGCUAGCCAAAUCCAAGAAAAAGGUUCCAAGUACCAAUUGAAAGUUGAGUCUAAGGAGGACUUCAACAGACAAGUCGUUAAGUCUGAAACUGCUACCUGUAAGUUUGUUGAACUAGAUGUCGAGAUUCCAGCUAAGAGGGGCCAGUUGACCACCGUUGAAGGUCUUCUGAGUGAGAUGAUCGAAGAUAUUGAACAGGAUCAAGAGAUGAGAAAAUCAAUAGAUGAAAACCUGUACAACCAAAUUGCGGAGUUUAUUAAGAAAGUCAGAUCAUACAUUAACUGCGAGCCAGGUACAUUGCCUUUGACAUUCAUACUCGACGAUCCAUCUGGUAACUCUUGGAUUGAAUAUAAACCUGGAGAACCUCAGCACAAAUGGUCUCACGUCCAAUAUGUCAGAUCCGAUGAACAAAACGUGGUUGUAGGUAUCCUAACCGAGGAUCAAUAUGAACAACGCCGUAGAGCCAAGUUGGAAGAAUUGUCAAACAAGGGUAGAAACCCAUCAGAAAGUGUUAAAGUAGGCAGUGCUAAUGCUGAAUUUCUAUCAGAUGCCACCGAUAUUGAAAACUUCAACAAUGAAGUUCAAACUUUCAGAGCCUCAUGUCCUUCCUGUACCCAAGAAUGUGAAACUCAUAUGAAGCCUGUUAAUAUCCCACACUUCAAGGAAGUUAUCAUUAUGUCUACAACUUGUGAGCACUGUGGUUAUAAGUCUAAUGAAGUUAAGACUGGUGGUUCUAUCCCAGAGAAAGGUAGAAAGAUUACUUUGCUAUGUGAUGAUCCUGCUGACCUGUCGCGUGAUAUAUUGAAGUCUGAAACAUGUUCACUACACAUCCCAGAGCUACACUUGGAUAUACAAGAAGGUACUUUGGGUGGUAGAUUUACCACUCUGGAAGGUUUAUUAAAGCAAGUCUACGAAGAGUUGGAGUCCCGUGUUUUUACGCAGACUUCUGAUUCCAUGGAUGAAGCUACUAAACAAAGAUGGGUGGACUUCUUUGCCAAAUUGAAAGAGGCUCUUGAUGGUAAGGUACACUUCACUGUUAUUAUGGAGGAUCCAUUGGCUGGAUCGUAUAUUCAAAAUGUCUAUGCACCAGAUCCAGAUCCUAACAUGAAGAUAGAGGACUACGAAAGAACCCAACAACAAAAUGAAGAUUUGGGUUUGAAUGAUAUGAAAACUGAUGCUAACUAG